CUGUAUCUGCAGAAGCAGCUAAAUUCUCUAAACAGCAAUGGCAAGAGACUAUAAAAUAUCCGUGGACUACGUACACGGAUCCUGACAUCCGUCGGCAGUUCAAGAAGCAUUCGGUUUUGGGCAACGCAGCCCUGGACCCUGACAAAUACGAAAAGUACGAGCAGCUAGUGUCUGACAUGUCCUCCAUCUACAGCAAGGCCAAGAUUUGCGACUACAAGAAUCCAAACAAGUGUGACCUUAGUUUGGAACCAGACUUCACUGACACCGCCGAGUACUGGCUUAAGGAUUACGAAUCUCCUGACUUCAGAGACCAAGUGUCGCGUCUUUGGGACCAGGUGCAGCCUCUGUACCUCCAGAUACACGCGUAUGUGAGGAGGAAACUGCGAGAAACUUACGGCGAGAAACUCGUCACUCGUCGUGGACCCAUACCGGCACAUCUUCUAGGUAACAUUUGGUCGCAAACUUGGAACAAUAUUAUGGAUAUUUCCGCACCUUACCCCGAAAAAGAAGCUAUAGAUGUCACCCCUCAAAUGAAAAAGCAGGGUUACACUCCUCUGAAGAUGUUUAAACUCGCGGAGGAAUUCUUCAUAUCUCUCAAUCUUAGUGCGAUGCCUGAAACAUUCUGGGAGAGAUCUAUCUUGGAGAAACCUGAUGACAGAGAACUGAUUUGCCACGCCUCGGCCUGGGACUUUUACGAUGGCAAGGACUUCAGGAUCAAACAGUGUACCAGAAUUGACUUGGACGAUCUUUUCACUGCGCACCACGAGAUGGGACACGUGCAAUAUUUCAUCCAGUAUAAAGAUCAACCUUUGGCCUACAAGGAGGGAGCUAAUCCAGGAUUCCACGAGGCCGUGGGAGAUGUAAUGUCUCUGUCUGUUUCGACUCCAAAACACCUGCGAGAGAUCGGGCUGCUGGAAGGAGAUGAAUCGACUGGAAAAGAUUACGAGGCUACCAUUAAUUAUCUGUUUCUGCAAGGGCUACAGAAAAUAGUGUUCCUCCCUUACGCGUAUCAGACAGAUCUGUGGAGAUGGGACGUCUUCAAGGGGGAAAUUACGAGCGAUGAUUACAAUUGCAAAUGGUGGAAACUCAGAGAGAAAUUUCAAGGAAUUGAGCCACCUGUGGACAGGACGGAGGAAGAUUUUGACCCCGGUUCAAAGUACCAUGUCAUAGCCAGCGUUCCGUACAUCAGGUACUUCGUAAGCUACGUGAUCCAGUUCCAGUUUCACAGAGCCCUUUGCGAGAAAGCUGGCCAGUUUGACCCCAAAGACCCCAAAUUACCUCUGCACGAAUGUGACAUCUAUAGAAGCACCGAGGCUGGAAAUCUUCUAGGGAAAAUGCUACAGUUGGGGUCAUCAAAACCGUGGCCAGACGCCAUGGAAGUGUUAACAGGGCAGCGAGAAAUGGACGCUAGUGGUUUGCUGGAUUACUUCAGACCCCUUGCGGACUGGCUGGAGAAAGAUAAUAAGCAGACUGGAGAAUACAUCGGCUGGGAACCGACUGAGAAACGUUGCAUAGCAAGCCGAGAGGAUCUGGAUUCUGUCGAAUACGAGGAUGACAGAAGAAAAGUCGAGGAAGAGACACGUGACGCAGACCGUGAACAGACUUCGUCACGCUGAUGGCAACUCUGCCCUGAAUGCAGUACAUUUAAAGACAUAAAAUGGUCGUGUUAUCAAUAAAAUCAAAUCUACGGGUGUCUGGUGUGAUGCAUUUAGAGAACCAUCUAAAUGAAACAGAUUCUUACGAAUAAAAACAAAGUAUAAAUAACUGUAUCAAGUUUGUUCACGAACCAAAACACACUAAAUUUUAUUUAUAUCUA